AUGAGUAACCCUCGAGAUCCAACCAGGCUCCGACAGGGUCUUAAUCCGUUGCUGACCCAGUCCUUGGGUGCAUACCACAGCCAGAUCAACACCCCGCUGUCUGCAGUGUCUUCGACGCACUUGCACUCAGCUCACACACCGGCGAGUGCAAUCCAGCCCUACAACCCGCAAGAAUGGAUAGCUUCACCCGCAACUGGUCCCGAGCGACCACACCAGUUUCCAGAACAGGGAUCGCCAUUGCCCCCGCCUCCAUAUAGCCCUCCGCGGAGCCAACGACCGCCGAGUGGCAUCUUCGAGUCCUCACCAGCGGCCAAUACAUCGGCGGCACGCAUUCCUCCCACGAAUCUUCAUAGGCCAUCACCAGAACCUUCUACAAACACAUCUUUUCCUCCGCCACCGGGUGCCAAUGGCCGGGGAGGCUCCCGGGAAAGGCGAUUUGGCUUCCCUUCCCUGAGGCGGAGUAGAGAACACCACGAUUCAAGUCCUCCGGACCCCAUGCCACCUAUUUCGCUGUCGAGACCAGCACCCCUUCAGAUACAGAUCCCACAUCCUAUGCCAUACCCCAACGAUUCUGGCUCAUCCCAGGUGCCGCCCGCGGCUCGACGAGCUGCUUCUGCAAGUGCUGUUGAGACGCCGACUUCGGCUCGCUCACGCUCAGCGUCACAAACAAGAUGGGAGCCCGGAAUGCCACUCCCACCACCGCCACCGGUGCCACCAUCGGCUUCGUCUCGAUCUCAGAGUGUUCAAAGCUUACAUAGAACGACCACGCCCAUGGCAUCGCCACCUACGAGGCGGCCACCGCCAAGCGGCGUGGCAGCUCUGGGACCAGUUCCCCCGACACCUGCAGAUUGGGUUGACCAACCCGAAGAGGCGAAUCGCGAAUCUCAGCGUAGGCCUUCUCCGGGCCUGACUGUUGACACCGCGAGUGCCUCAAGCUCAACUCAGACAGGAGAUUCAAGCAACUCUGGCGCACUGAGCUCUGGUGGAAGUCUCAGCCGGGCGAGAGCAGUCCGUCACGACAAAACCAUCGUCCAACGUCGUUCAGAAAGCCGCACUAGACAUGGGGGACCGCACAACUCAAUAGACGGUGCCAUCAACCCGGUCCAGCUUAGCGAUAUUGUCGUUCCGAACGGAGGCAUACUUUCUCGCCGGUUGACGAUCAGUAAAUCAACACCGAGAAGUGGAGGACAGACAGCAAACGACACACCUAGGACAGAUGAGCAGUCAACAACACCGCGGGCACCCGGGUCAUCACAGCGGCCUCGAGUCGAAGCUGCCACGCCUCCUUUCUCGCCUCACCCAUCAAAAGGCACCCCCGUGGUUGACGGAUCACCAAGCAUAGCCCCCAAAGCACUUCCGACACCCCCUCUCCAAGCUCGAUCGGCGUCCAGCUCCCAGACAAGGUUCAGCUCCGUGACCCCUGCAGAUGGGCUCCCGUCAGCGUUUAUGUCGGCCACAAAACAUGCUGCCAUCACACAAACCGCCGAUCAAUUCUGCACUGAGACGAUUGAACGGUUUCAAGCAUUCGCCAUGCAAGAGACCACGGCAGCCUCUGAUGCCGAGCGUGUUCGGCUAUUUGCCGACUUUAUUGUAAGUGAGUCGAGGAUCAGACGCGAAAGAUAUUCAUCCGCAAUCGGUGCUAUGGGCUCGGAAAUCUUCGAUUUGACAAGAGAUUUGUUCCGCCCCAUGGUGGCGAGACGAGAAUCCGGAGCCUCCCAGGCUGAAUGGACGCCUCAGUCUUCUGAACCGACCCGGUCGCAUCGCGGUUCACUCAACUCAAUCUAUCGUGAGACUCCCGGAGAAUCCAGCUCAGCCCCUGCGUCAGCAAACAUACCGGGUUCGCCCAUCGGAGGUCCUGCAAACCCCAAUUAUUCCUCUAACUACAUGCCGUCCCUUUCUCCGAUAUUGAGUCUCAGUGUCAGCGAUAACUACGACGUCGAUUCCCGUGGACGCCCAGCAAGCAGGUGGUGGGAAGCAGACUCUUCAGGAGCAGGCGGCAAAUUGAUUGAGAGGUCCAAGAGGGAGUCCAAGUAUAUGGGCGUGCCCAAGGAAGCUCGAGAAGCACUUCAGUGGGAGGACACUCCGCAAAGACCUGAAGCAUUCGCAGGGCCCAGUAAUUUGAGAUCGUCGAAUGACAGUUACCCUCCUGAGAAGAUGGGAUGGCAUGAGCCGGAGCCCGUAGUUACACCCCAGCAAGUACGAUACUCUACAAACUCCCUUGGAUCAUCAGCUUCGCCCACAACACCGAACCCGGCCCACUUGGAUGUCUCGCGUCUCGUCACACUGCCACCGCCGUAUCCCCGCCAUCACCCGGCCGUGAACAACAAUCAUCCCGAGCUUGCCGAGACGAGGAUGGCCGUCCGCCAGAUUAGCGACCUCUCCGAGAUUGAAGCCACCAGGGAAAGGUUCCAAGCGACUAGUACCAAGAAACGCGAGGAGGCCGCAAAAGCCUCUGCCGAACGGCGACAUGCUCUGCGGACUAACCUCCAGGAGGAAGUCAACGUCGGUAACAUGUCCUUCGCCGAAGCAUCAGCUAUCGAUCAAGAUUCGGUGGCCGCCGAGAAAGAGAAACUUAAAGAACUUGGCAAGACGGAAUUUGAGCAGUUCCAAAGCCAGGUUGUAAUGCCGCUCAACGACCUCGUCACCGGUCGCAUUGCGAAGGCCACAGCAUUGUUCGACAAACUGGCGAGUGGUCUCUUUGACGACGUGGCAAGUGCGGCAGACAUGCCACAGGAAGAAGGCGACGACAAGCCUGAGCUACUCGAAAAGCUGACGCUGCUCAAGUGGAUAUUUGAGGCUAGGGAAAUGCUGCACCGGGCCAUCUACGACAUCCUCACAGACCGGAACAACCGGUACCGUGACGUUGUGCUGACGCCAUAUCGGCUCGCCGGCAACGAGGAGAAGCUCCGCAAUGCUGAGGGCUUCUUCGCUGAGGACGCCGCGAAGCGGCAGCUGGCUUUUGCGCACGAGGUGUUUGCGCGCACGCAGGAGUUCCAGGCCGUCAUGGAGCAAAAUGUGAUGCGUGGUGUGGAGGUACAGCUCUCAGCGUUCUGGGACAUCGCGCCGCCUCUUUGCCGGCUGCUGGAGAAUAUCCCGCCGUACCUGGAGAACUUCAACAUCCAGAUCCCGACAGCCGAGUAUGAGGAAAACCCGUCGUACCGUAGGCACCCACUGCAAUAUCUGUUUAGCCUGCUCCUGCACACGGAGAAGAGCACGUACCAGUUCAUCGAGUCGCAGACGAACCUGCUCUGCCUGCUACACGAGGUCAAAGAGGCCGUGACGCAUGCCAAGGCCAGGGUCGUCCAGAGCGAGGCCGAGGACGGCGACAUUGAAGAGUGCGGCGACGAGGAGCGCGAGGCGCGGGCGCAACGUCUGCGGCAUGAGGAGGGCCUGGUGCUGACAAACGACCUGAAGGAGAAGGUGCGCGUCGUCCAGGACCAGUGGACCAGCGCUCUGGGCGAGAAGAUCAAGAAUGUUAAACAGAUGUUGGGGGAGUAUCUGUUAGAGACGGGGGGUUGGGACGAGACCCUUGAAGAGGGCGGCGUGGGAAGUGUCUAG